UUUAUCUAGGACAGGAAACUAUCUGACUUCUGGAAAUACGUGCGGCUUUGACUAUCAGCACGCACGGAGGAACAUAUUUCUUUAAUUUUUUCCCCCAUAGCGCCCCCCGCACCCCCUCCCCUCUUUCUCUGACUCUCUCUCUCUCUCUCUUUUCCUCUCUCUCUCUCUCUGGCUGCUCUGCGCUCUCUUGUGGACUCUCUUAAGGCACUUUGGAUAAAAGCCCCCGCAAGAAAUGGCAGAUUUUAUGUCUCUUAUCUGUCCCUCCCUGGGCAGGUGGUGAAGUAUCUGAGGGAGACGAGUAAGUAUUUUAUUACUAGAAGGGAAAAAGAAGCGCAUCUAAUCUUUUCUCCCUCUGCUCUUCAGUUAUUCUGGCCACCGAGCCAAAAGUGGGGUUUCUCUUUUCUGGUUUAUUCACAGGAGCGGACUCUCUCCUCCACAUAUCCUCUUCUUCUUUUGCUCCCCAUCGUUCUGUCUAUUCUGUCGCUGGAAUCGAGGAGAUCCAGCUCCUCUCCUCUCCUCCUCGUUCACCCCUCAUCCAAUCGGUUUUGGAGGAGAACCCAAAAGAAGCGUCUCAAGGCUUCGCGCUUUUCCUUCUGCCGCUGCAAGAAGGAUUUCCAAAAGUAAUUCCAAGUGGACUUUUUUUGUGAUUUUGGCAGAGAAGUGCAGCUCGGGAUCUCAUCCAGGGAAGAGAAGGAAGAUAAAGCACCCUGACUUGUAAGGGACGUAUUUCUGGAGAGACAGAAAAGUAAAGAAGGACCGAGAAAAGAGGCUGAAACGGAGGCGAGAAAUGGAGAACACGCGUGGUCUCUUAUUUCCAACAAUGUCCUUGCGGGUGGAUUAAGACAAAAAAAAGGAGAGAACUUGACUUGAAACGUUGCAUUUUAUAUGAUCGACUUCUGUCUGGAUAUGGACUGAUUACUGUUACUGAUCAGCUGAUUGAUUGGUUGAUUGUCGAACGUUGCCACCCGGCAAACUUGGACUUGUGGGGGAUUUAAGACGAAAAGUGAACCCUGCACUGCAGCUACUCUCUUUUAGGCACAUGAUGAUGCUUCUCCAAUAGCACCCCUGGAUUGAUUCAUUGAUUAAUCAAUACAUUUUUGACACCAGCCUGCGAAGUGGGACUCUAUUGAUUGAUUAUCUCAUCAUUAAGGUCGGCUUUUUGCCCAAUUCACCCAGUUCAACGUUUAAAACAAAGAAUCCUGCAAUAAAACUUAUAAUAAAGCCUAUUUAUAGCCUACUAGCAAAUGCCUAAGUCGCUUUAUGAAUAUUACAUUAAUGUUAAAGCUAUCAUAAAAGAUGACAUAUUAAGUACCACCGCUAUAUUAAAACCCUUGUAGGAAUAUUGCAAGGUACCACAAGGGCAGAAACUACCAUUAAGUACUGUAAGAGUGACUAUGAACUCUUAAUUGCCACAACAGCCUCACUGUAAAAUUAUUAUAAGAAUUUAAUAGGGAUUAUUAUAGUGCAAGUGUUUCGCGGGAUUCCAGUUUGGAGAUUGGAAGUUAUUUUUGGCCGCGCAAAGUAGAGCGACUCUUCCACACCACUGCCCGGACAGAGACAGAGACAGACGGAACACACAGGUCUACCUACUUGUCUCUGUCUUACAUCCCGUCCCAAAAGAAAGGAGUGGGAUAGACAGAGGGCGGAGGGGAGAAAAGAGACGGGAGAGAGAAGGGGGGGAUGCGUAACUGCGGUUAAUUGGAGCAGAUUUUGCCUUCCAACAUCUUGGAGAAGGAGGGAGAGAAGAGGAAAGGGAUUUUAUUCUGUUUGCAGCUAGCAAGACUUUCCUGGCUGUAAACCUUUCGUUUAUAUACACAGAAAUUGAUUUCACCGGACACACAAGGAGAGAGCCGGCGGUGGGAUUAUUUCAGCAGAUUUCAACAUUUUCGUCUGGUCAAGAUUGUGCAAUCAGCGCCGCUUGGAUUCAGGAUUAGUUCCAAACCGCCAGGUGAAAGUGGAGAAUAGAGAGAUGAAGACUUUAUCCUUCCUCUUCCUCCUCCUCCUCCUCCUCGCCUCAGGAGCCUGUGACGGCGUCAAGUACAUCUCCAAGAGGAACUCAGUGGAUGGAUGCAUAGACUGGUCAGUGGAUCUGAAGGAGUACCAUGUUCUGGCCGGUGAGCCUGUUCGGGUGAAAUGUGCCUUGUUCUACAGCUACAUUCGAACCAACUACACCAUGGCCACCAACGCCAAGCUGCGCCUCAUUUGGUACAAAAACAAAGGAGACGCAGAGGAGCCUAUCAUCUUCUCGGGUCACAGGCUGAGUAAAGAAGACGACUCCAUCUGGUUCAGAUCUGCUGAAGUGGAAGACAAUGGAUUUUACACCUGUGUACUAAGGAACUCAACAUACUGCAUGAAAGUGUCCAUGUCGAUGAUUGUGGAGGAGAGUGAUGAGGGGAAAUGCUUCAGCAGCAAGAUCCGCUAUCUGGAGAAAGCUGAGAUAACCCAUAGUAAAAUGAUCAACUGCCCAGAUAUAGAAGACUAUUUAUUUCCAUACAAGCAACCACAGAUGACCUGGUAUAAGGAGUGUGAGAGGGUGGAAUGGAGAAGCUCCAUCACAGUCAACACUACAAACAUCUGGAUUCCUGAGACGGAGGAAGGCGACGGGGGAAAUUACACCUGUGAGUUAAAGUAUGGAUCCAGACUGGUGCGGAGGACAACACAACUCAAAGUCACAGCUCUCCAGACCACUCAGCCUCCCAAGGUCCUUUUUCCCCCGGAGAGACAAGACACAGUGAUAGAAAUCACGCCUGGUAUGCCUCUCAGUCUGGACUGCAAGGCGUUUUUUGGCUACAGUGGAGAAAACAGAAGGCCCAUUAUCUACUGGAUGAAAGGAGAAAAGUUUGUCGAAGAACUAGCGGGACACAUUAAAGAAAGUGAAGUCAGGAUUUUAAGGGAGCAUUUAGGGGAGAAGGAGGUGCAACUAUCCUUAACGUUUGAUGCUGUGGAGGAGGCAGACCUGGCCAACUACACCUGUUAUGUGGAGAACCAUAUAGGGAAGCGCAGCGGGAGUGCUAUACUGCAGAAGAAAGAUAUGUAUCGUCUGGAGCUGGCGGGUGGUCUGGGGGUCAUAUUGUUGCUGCUGGGAGUCCUGACGGCACUUUAUAAGUGUUACAACCUGGAGAUCAUGCUCUGCUACAGGAGACACUUUGGGAGUGAUGAAACUGAAGAUGAUAAUAAGGAGUAUGAUGCCUAUCUGUCUUACACUAAAGUGGACCUCGACUCUCUGGGCAGGACGAGCAGUGAUGAGGAAACAUUUGCUUUGGAGAUCCUACCGGACGUUUUAGAGAAACAUUAUGGAUACAAGCUGUUCAUACCAGACAGAGAUCUAAUACCCAGCAGCACGUUAACUUGGUCCCCAUGUCUGUGUCUCCCAGCCUACAUUGAGGACUUGGCUCGUAGCGUGGAACAGAGCAGACGUCUGAUUAUCGUUCUGACUCCAGAGUUUGUCGCCAAAAGAGGGUGGAGCAUCUUCCAGAUAGAGACACGCCUGCACUCCAUGCUGGUGACUGGGGAGAUCAAGGUGAUCAUGAUAGAGUGUGCAGACCUGAAGAAUGUCAUCAACUACCAAGAGGUGGAAGCACUUAAGCAUACAAUCAAGGUUUUAUCCAUCAUCAAGUGGAGGGGUCCUAAGAGCAAUGAGCUGUCAUCUAAGUUUUGGAAACAGGUGGUCUAUGAGAUGCCUGCUAAACGCAGAGAGACACUGUCCAGACGCCAGGUGAUGGACUCCGGUGAACAGGGCCUCUUUGGUGACCUACAGACCACCGUCUCCACCAUUGCCAUGACAACCACCUCAGCCUCCCUGGUGCCCCCUAAUGAUAGUCGGCAUGGACAUCAUCAGGUUGCCCUGGCGACAGAGAUCCCCGACUACAACCAGAUGACCUUGCCGCUGGGAGGUGGUCAUACUGCUACAGCAGCCCAAAUGAGACAUUUCUGCCGUAGCUACGAGUUCCAGCUUCCUCCACAGCCUUCCUCCCUGUCACCUCCCCUCCCACCGCCUUCCACCGUGCAGUUCUCCACUCUGGGUCCCGGGGGGCGCCACGUCUAUUGCAACAUCCCUAUGACACUGCUGAAUGGACAGGGGCCUCAGAGCAGUACGCUUGGGAAGAAGCCAGAACUCCACCUGAACAGCACCUUCGUACCGCUCACCAGCAGAGAACUAAGCUCUGACAUCUGGUAGAAGGACUGCUCAACUGGUACUGGAUAAUAGUCCGGUUUACAGACUGCUUUUACACUGGCUUCGGACAUGGGAUAGGCUGGUUGGUCAACUGCUUUUCAUUGGGUUUUUUGGACCGUGUACAGCCUUGGCUACCAGGACUGCCUGCAGACAAGUUUUGGGCCACUUUAUCCCAUUGUGUGAACAAAGGACUGCUUGAAGACUGUAUAAGCCUUGGAUUCACAUUGGUAUACUGGCUGCAGACUGCUCACAGACAGAUUACAAUACUGAUUGUACACUGGUUUUGGACCUACCAACUGGUUACAGACUGAUACAACCUGAUAUGUAAGGUGUGUGGCCAUGACCAUUGGAAAGGAGCCCUCUUACACAACACGAUUGGUCACACGCAUUUGACUGCUGCAGAGAGUUUGUAGACAAGUAUGGACAUGUGGAUGUAAUGAACUGGAAAAGUCAGUGAAAGAUCCACGGUACUUAAACAGUGAGUAGGUAUCCACAGACAGGAGUUCUUUUUAAUUCGUUGAACAAGCUACGGAUUUGGACCUUGGAGUAUCUCGUAAUUGCAGUCUGCUCACACACCAGCUGUGUACCUGGAAAACCAGUUGAUUGGUAAACUACUCGGAAAUAUUGGUCGACUGAAAAACAAAAGUAGCGUAAUCUCCGAAUGCCAGUCGAUCUGAGUUCUCAUAAUCUACCUGUUGACUAGGUGGCUUAUCAAUAACCAAGGCAGACUUCAAGCAAUGAUUUUGGAAUACCAGUUCACCUUAAAACAACAAGUCAACCUCUUGAAAUACAAUAGGUGGCUAGCUAGCCAGCUUGCUACCUGGUUUGGCUCUUAGAAGCUAAAAUGGUUGACAUAAAAGAAAUGGAUUCCAGCAAGAAUAGAUAGACAAAAAGAAGUGAUGCAUAAAGCAAUUGCUAAACCUAAUUACUGAGAAAGCACAGUUCGCUGGUGUAUAUGGAAACAUAGCUAAUUGUUAAAACUAGCUGACUAAAAGGUUAGUUACUUCUUGAGCUAGGAGGAUGCUAAAAGGCACCAUGAGACUGCAAACCAGCCAGCUCAUCACCUUGUAACCCAGUAAUCAGCAACUAGUCAACUCAUCAAGAGGUGGACUGGCCAAGAGUUGACCUACCAACUUUCACCAUCAAGCUGAAAGCAUAAAGGACUUGGCUUUUUCUAUUUGCAUGACCACCCAUUUAGAUAAAAAAAAAUAAUCAAAUAAACAUAGAUAAAAGAGUAAAUGACACAAUCAUUUCUCGCAGCCUCUUUUAAUAUGGAGGAGAAUAAUCGUCUUAUGUUGAUACAGUAUAUUUGUUUUCUGUCGGGCCAUGAAGUAAUGAUAAAAACUGAUAAAGGGAAAAAAGGAGGUGUCCCUCCAAAAACAUUUUUAUUAUUUAUUUUGUUUUAUUUAAGAGUUUUAUCCUCUUAGAAGGUUGCCAGGCUUUGUUCUUAAUGUUUGUUUGUUACAAUAAUCUCUGUACAGCUUCCAUAACUUGCAUAGACCUAUACAUGACAGUGAUUUGUUCCCUGCAAUUUCUGUUAACACCCACAUUAAGUGUGUGAGACCCAGACCCCCUUUUUGCUUUCAUUCAGUUCCUAUUUUCAUCAGUGGAUGGAUGGAAUGGAUGGAUGAUAGAUAAAUAGAUACAUGGAUGGAUGAAUGGAUGCUCAUGGCAGUACAACCCUGCUAACGGACUGAUGUUUUGAGCCUGUCACUCUGGAAUCGAGACCACUACCAGUCAGCCGAAGGGGGCUUCACUGCAUAAAAGCCGGACUCCAAGUUGAACCAGACCACAUUAUUCUUUGUGAGCUUUAAGAAACCAAGAUUAUUACCAUAAUAUUUAAGCAAAGUGAGUAAUGUUUUGAAUUUACACAAAGGUACUGUCAUUGUCUUAUUAGAACCAAUGAAUUCUGGAUAUUUGAGAUUGUUUGAUACAAUAAUUAAUUAUUUGAGUUGUUAUAUUCAAUGGCAAUAUACAGUAUAGUGGUUGUCUUUUGGUUUCUGAUUUCUUUGACUAUUCUUUGGAUAUAUUGGUUGAAAUAAUUUAACUGAGAGCAAAUAAAAAUCAUAUGAGUUGUUUUGUA